CCGGACCAACGACAUGGCAACAAGAUAAUUCUGGCGUUGGUCGCAUACAACAUAGCGCUGUUUGUUGCCACAAAACUGUUUCAUGUGAGCGUGAAUGCCAGGAGAGACAGAAUCGGGAAUGCUGUGCCUCACGAGCAGAAGGAGGAUUAUCUUUCCACCACAAAACAUCGUGGAAACAAGCGCCUUGACUUCCGAUUCCCGCACUGA